CACAUGUUUCGAUGCACGCAUCCCGUUCUGUUUAAUAAAGCUUUAUUUGUCAAGUCAUUAGUCAGGUCUAAAAACAAAUAUCGCAACAAUUUCGUUUUCCUGUAAGUCAUGUUUUAGGUUUCAUUUCUGUAAAAAACGGAAACUGAAUGUGGUUGCGGUAUUGUGGUAAUUGUUGCUGGGGAGGUUUAGUGUCGGAUAGACCACGGAAGAGGAUCAUAUGAUUCAGACUACAAAUUGUCGCAAAUUAUCAUCAGCUUAUACAUUUUUUGUACAGGAAAACAGCUCGAUCGUCUAAGAGGCAAAACAUAUAAGGGUUGAUCCUCCAACUUAAUCGGAAGAUGGAGGUAAACAACUUAUUUGAGCCACACAAUCUGUAUCUUGGCUGUAAUCUGUGCUGCAAACAGGAAUCCGAGAUCACCUAUUCUCUCAACAACAUCCAGAACCAUGACUGUACAAUGGCUAUAUUGUUGGCCAGGAAGAAAGACAGCACAGAGAAAUGGAGGGUUGUAUCUCAGCCGCCGUUGUUCCCCAGACCUGAGAGGUAUGCAAAGUGCUUGCACUACACUGAGGGACAAGGUUGCACGCAGCACAGAAAUGGCUGUUCCUUUGCGAGAAGUUCUGAAGAGGCCGCAGCGUGGAAUUUCCUGAAGCAUACAGAGAGUCCUCUACUUCUCAGCUGGUUAAAAAAAGGAAGGGGACCUCCACCUUUAGUAAAAUCUCUCAGCCCCAAAGACAGUAUUCAACGUAAGUUUCCAGGCACCUUCAUGGAGCUCUGUGAAACAUGCUUCCACCUCAGUCCACGAGAGAUCUUUGUCAGGGCCUCCAACUCCAGGUGUAAUUCCAGACAUAAACAUCCUUGGAGGGCGACUCUAGUUCUUCGUCAAUGUGACACCCAAAAGACCCCAUCGUACGAGGAGGUCAGGCCGCUGCCUGUCCUGCCAUUCAUUAAGCCCCAGUCUUGGCAGUACUGUAGGUUUAUUAAGAAGGGUGAGAAAUGCAUCCACGGCGCCCAUCGUUGUUGGUUUGCGCACAAUACAGUGGAGAUGGCCGUGUGGACAGCCGAAGAACAGGGGUUAGCUCGGUCCGAGCUGCUUAGGGAGGUCCAGCGAACGCAGAGGUUGUUGGUCAGUCCUUCGCAUCGAACCCAUGACUGCAAAGUCUGCAAUGCAUCUUUUACAUCAUGGGGAUGUUUCCAGAACCACCUCAACACGAUGGAUCACAUCAACAGGACCAAUGACUUUAACAAUGUGACAAAGACGGAGUGGAAGUGUCGAGACCCUCCUCAAAUGAACAAAGCUUAUAAAUUAUGUGAAAGGGCUUCAACAUGUGAGUUUGGGAGCAACUGUGUGGAUGCUCACUCAGUGGCUGAACUUCAAGAGUGGCGCACCAGAGACAAGACUGAGCGGAAGACAGCUAUCGUUGCUGAGGAGCAGGGUUUACUCUCCUACCAGGACCUUCUGCUGAGAGAGUACAGAGAAAGUGUCAACAAAGCUCUUAUUGUGUCUGACAGAGUGUCUGGUGUUAGCGUCGUUUGUGACAAGGACUUGAUCAUUUCUUGUCAAAGUGAAAAAGUGCCAGUGAAAUGGAAUUUCCGGAUACAGUCGGAGAGGUUACUUGCAAAUGUAGCGUUACUGAAACAGGAACCUGGAGCCUCCUUCUCCCUGGAUGGGAACAGUCUUGAGCCCUGCACUUACUCCACAGGAGAACACUUCUGUAACUCAGACAUGACCUAUGACAUCACUGUGUCCUUUGAGUCCAUCCACCCGGGUCUUUACGAACAGUGGUUGGUGUUGGACUUUGACAUGAGGCCAGUGCUCCUCCAGAAACUCAAGGUUAAAGUUGGACAGCAGCCGUUGUGUGACCUCGAAGAGCCACCUGAGGACGUUGGGCUCCCUUCUCAGAAUCUGGAACGCUGGCAUCAGGGGAACAGGGUCAUCAUUCUGUGCUUGGACAAGACAGAGGCACAAGAAGAGCUUCUAAAUGAGUACAAGCCUCCUCAGAUUAGCUUUCAGUAUAAACCCUGUGAUGACAGCAACACACCCAUGAAUCAUGAGAACUACAAAGAGAGAAUGCACAGCUUUCUGUACUCAGAGGAGCAGGCAGAAGAUCAAGUUGUUUCAAGACUUAAUCUUCAAGGGACCAUGACUUUGUCAGCCACCUUAAACAAUGAAAACUUUGGGAUGAAGAUAGCUCCUCUGGGAGAACUCUUCUGCGCCAUCUCGGUCACCUACAGUCUUACUCCAGACACCCCAGAGGGUUUGAUGCUGAGACGAGGCAUCCUAUCAGCUCUCAUAGCUCCAGUAUCUUCAGAUCAUCAAAGCCCCAACGUCUACGAAGCCAUAAUCCUCAGAGACGCUACUAGUGAGAACAAAAUGCACUUGCAGCUGUCGAAAAGAUGCUGCACUGACUUGAAACUCCAAAGAAAUGAAACACGUGAAAUGGAGGUUCAGUUCCAACUGAAUCGUCUGAUGUUCUGUGGGAUGCACAAAGCCAUCGAUCUCCUUCCAGACACGGAGAGAGUGUUGCCAGACUUCAGGAACUGCACUAUUCCCAUGAAGAAAAACCUGCAAAAGUCCAACCUAAAUGCAAGGCAACAAGCAGCUUUGGAAUUCAUUGUUGGAGAGACAGAUGGAGGCAGUGUGGCACCUUUCCUCAUUUAUGGGCCAUUUGGAACAGGGAAAACAUUCACACUCGCUACAGCAGCCAAAGAGUUGCUAAGGCAGCCUCACACCAGGGUACUCAUCUGCACCCUCACAAACAGUUCUGCAGAUUUGUAUGUGAGCGGUCAUUUGCAUGAGUCCAUCAUCUCCGGAGAUCUUGAAAUUAAACUUCUCAGAAUAAAAGCAGAGGAAGCGUCUGUGAAAUCUACUGAUUGUAUCACCUUACAGUACUGUCAUCUUUCCAACAAUGGACAAUUGUUCUGCCUCCCUGACAAAGACGCAGUGGUCUCCUGUAGAGUGGUCAUAACAACAACUGCAAUGGCAAAGCACCUACAUGACCUGAAGCUCUCCGAUGGCUACUUCACCCACAUCCUGAUUGACGAAGCCUCCCAGAUGCUUGAAUGUGAAGCUCUGAUGCCACUUGGUCUGGCAGGGCCAUUAACUCGAGUGGUUCUAGCUGGAGAUCACAUGCAGAUGGGACCAAAGCUCUUUUCAGUGGAUGAUGACCAGCGCUCUAAUCACACCUUGCUGAACCGUCUGUUCCACUACUAUCAAGCCCAAGAGAGCGGUGCAGCUUUGAAAAGCAGAAUAAUUUUCAACGAGAACUAUCGCUCCACAAAAGAGAUUGUGGAGUUUGUGUCCACUAACUUCUAUGUUGGCAAGUCUGAUGCAAUCAAGGCAGUUGGUGAUGUCCCAGGUCAUCCGAAUAGCCACGCCCUGAGGUUCCACCAUGUCAGAGGAGAAUCCCACUUGGACAACACAUCCAUGUCGUGGUUCAACAUGGAAGAGGCUGCAUGUGUGGUUGAAAUUGUGCAAAGCCUACUUAGGGAUUGGCCUAACACAUGGGGGAUUCAGGAUCAAAGAUCAAUUUGUGUUCUGUCUGAAGGAAUCCAGGUUUCACUAAUCAGGAAGGAGUUUCGGAGAAGAAACCUUGGCCAAGUGACAGUGGAAAAUAUAGCCAAUGUUCAAGGUAAACAGUUCAGGGCAAUAGUCUUGACAGCCGUUCAAACCCGUGACAGCCUCUUUUCCUCUGACUCACCUUGUCAUGAGUUCUUCAAUGAUGCUCGCGUACUGAACACAGCCAUGACUAGGGCUCAGUCCCAGGUUAUUGUGGUGGGAGAUGGUGCUGCUCUCUGCUACUUUGGGGGAAGCUCAAGGAUAUGGAAAGCCUACAUUGUCCACUGUAUCAGAAACCACAGUGCAACUCUUACUGAAGAUGACUUAAAGCGGGAAUUAAGAGAGAUUUCCAGAUUUGUCAGGGUAGAUGAAGAGGAUAGUGACUGUGAGUCAUCCAUAUCUGAGAUACCUGACAUGGAUGACCCAAUACUAAAGGAGUUACUUGAUGAGGGUAAAGAUGUUCGAGUCACUGUGACCGCUGAGGGCCUGCUUAGUAUCACGCGGGGAGAUUUAAUUGUCAAUCCGUUGGAUGGAUUUCAGAAGACCAAUCAGGACAUUGCCCCUCUUCAGGCAUUGAAGAGAGACCCGGGUAUCUACAAACACUGCCUCUUGGUUUUGGAGUGGUUUGACUCGGGCUAUGCCAUACCUCUUGAAGAACCCUCCUUCAAAAUUUCAAUCAAAGGAAGAAAGAACAUUGGUCGUUCUUUUCCUGGAGAUCAGGUUAUCGUGGAGAUCUUGGAUAAUAAGUGCCAGCCCCCUAGUGGUAAAGUCUUGGACGUGGUGAAGGUUCAGAAUGCAUCCAAGAUGUUUGUCUGUACAGCUGAUAUCUAUGACCGUCAAGUGAUGACACCCAUAAACAAGUGCGUUUCCAAAAUUUACACACCAUUUUGGAAAGACAAACCAAAUUACAUUGCAGUACGGAAAAUGGACGAUCUGAGAAUUGAGAAGUUUGUGAAGAUAAAUGAGGAAUCCAAGAGAAACAAUAUCUUUGUUGUCAAAGUGUUGAAGUGGCGAGAACAUUUUCGACUUCCUUUAGGAGUUGUUGUAAAAGUCCUUCCCAAAGUCGCAUCUUUAGACAGUGGACUAGAAGUACUGGACAUCGAGUAUCAACUGACAAGGGACCCUCCUGUUGAGAAUGAUGCUAACAUUCUGAAGGAACUGAACACAGAUAUGCAAAUUCGAGAGGAUUAUCGAGAAUUAACAACCUUUACGAUUGACCCAGCACAUUCAAAGGAUCUUGAUGAUGCAAUCAGUGUGAGAGAUUUAGGGGAGCACUAUGAGAUUGGAGUUCACAUUGCUGAUGUUGCAAGCCUUGUGACAAAGGACAGCCAACUGGACAAAGAUGCGCAACAGAAUGGAACUGCAUUUUAUCCCCCUGAAAAAGAGCCUGUUUACAUGUUCCCAUAUUGUCUGAGCACCAAGUAUUUCAGUCUACACCCUGGAUGUGAACGAAAUGCCAUUUCACUGAUGGUGGAAAUUGACAAGAAAACCGAUCGCAUAAAAACACAGACGUUCAAACUGUCUGUAAUAAAGUCAGAUAGAAAGUUGUCAUAUGAGGAUGCUGAAAAUAUCAUCCAAAACUCUGCUGACAGUACCCAACAAUAUGACACUUUGGAAGGCUGCCUUUCCAAAGCAUUUCACUUCUCUGAGAUUCACAGAAAAGACAGGAAACUGGAAGACAGGUUCUAUAAAUCACCUGAUGAUGAUGUAACCGUUGGCAGAAGAUGCUCUCAUAAGAUGGUGGAAGAGCUGAUGGUCAUGUAUAACCACGCUGUUACUGAAAUGCUGCUCAAAGAUUCAAAGACGGUUAGCUGCACUCCAGUCAGAUGCCAAGACAAGCCAGACCCACAGAAGCUUUGUCAACUGAAAGAAAAAUACGGUUUGUGGAUUCCACUGUCCAUCCACUUGGGUCACUGCAUCAGUCAGGCUGUGAACAUUGACGACAAUCAGAGGGAUUUGAUGUCCAAACAUACGCUUGAAGCCCGAAAAGAGAAAGGAAAACAUCAGGGACAAGCUGUCCAGACACCCGAGACAUUCUCUCUGUUAACAUCCAUUUGGAGGAGUCUUAAAUCAGCACUUCAAGAACAAGAUGUCCACAGAAUUGUGGACCUGAUUGCAACUGAUGACAUUCAUCCCCAGCUACUGACUUUGAUCCUUGAAUUCAGGAAGACGAUCCACAGGGCUCACAUUCUAUGCUCUAACUCAACAUACCUAUCAAGAGUUGGCCACUAUGACCUUCAACUUGAAAGUUACACAUGGGCUUCCUCUCCCAUUCGUCGGUAUGUGGAUGUCAUGGUUCAAAGGCUCUUGCACUCAGUUCUUGAAAAAAAAGAAGUAAAUUAUACUUCUUUGGAAAUUGGACAGUCUUGUCUGAGUUUUGGGGAGAAAUCUGAAAAGCAAAAAAGGUACGAGAGGUCAUCUCGUUGUUUGCAUCUUGCAUCACAGCUGAACGAUCAAAGUGCCAGAAAGCUAGCCUUUGUCAUUGAGGCGUCCCGAGUUGGAAAGGGUUUACGGGUGUACUUUCCAUUGUCCCGAUCCUCAAUGCCAGAAGCAAUCCCUAUAAUGUAUAGGGAUCUGCAGCUAACAGACCAACCAGAGUACAAUAAUAAUGACAACCAUGUUAUUCUGAAAUGGAAAAAAAGAGUGUACUCCAUCACAAAUGAGAACAUCCAUGCUGAACUGCAACAACAGGGUCCUAAUCCGUUUGUGAUACCAGUGCCGACAGACUUGUGGGAGAGGACGGUGUUGGCUCUGAAGGAGGAGAACUGGGACAGCAUGUUCCAAUCCCUGCAGACCAUCAACUCACACGUCAACCAUCGAAAACCGCUCGGUACAGGCCCGCCCCAUCAUGCACCCAUGGUUGGAGCCAAUCAGCACCAAGGCCAUUAUGUUGAAAUGCUGUUGACAGUCAAGCCAGGUGAAACCCUGGAGGUGCAACUGGGUUGUGAAACAGAGCGGGGACUGUUAAUACCCGUCGUUCACAUGCUGAUUGUGCGCGACAAGUUUGAGAUUUGCCUGCAGCACUCAAAAGACCCGACCCAGUGCUUCUCCAAGUAUGCCACCUAUUCGUCAAAGCAAAGAUAUGCCACUUACAUGGAGUAUCAGAAGAUAUGGAAACCGUUGUGUGAGAUGGAGUCGGCCUCCAAUGCUGUUGCAGAAAACGACAGUGUUGUCCUUGAGGAUGUGCCUUUGACGUGGAAACCGAAGCAGAAGAAUGGACAGCUCAGAGGAUUCUUCAGGUUGCCACUGGAGAAGAUGAAACAGUGGGCCAUUGAGUAUGGUCUCAGACACAGCUUCCUUUGUGUCCGCAUGAGGUACCAACAUGUUGCAGAAUUGCAAAGAAAUGGUGAUUGUGAGCAUGUGGACUUCAACAACAUCCCAUCGCUCAUUUGGGUUGCUCAUGGAAUCACCACUAGGGUCACCGAUGAGGAGAAAGCUGAAACACUCUCCUACGUACAGAUUGACUUUCAGAUUAAUCACAUGUCUUUCGCCAAGAUUCCAGAGAGGGUCUUCUGGACAAAAACAAGAUUCACAGUGGAAUUGAUUCCAAAGCUGCUACCUGAUGUGCGUAAAGAGGCUGCCAUCUCCAGCCUCACUCAGGCGAACCAGCUUGUGAAGGACAUUGCUAUUGGCAAGAGGACAAACUUUGCACCUGUACCUAAUCAGCUGACAACGGCCAGGUUUGAGAUCAAAUGUCACACCUCCGUCCAGUUUCCUGAUCUGAAUAACAGCCAAACCAAAGCCAUUAAAGAGGCCCUCGGUAAUCGAUUCACUCUCAUUCAAGGGCCCCCAGGGACUGGGAAGACAGUGGUUGGAGUCCACAUCGUAUAUUGGUUCUUUCAGCAAAACCAAAAAGUUCAGACCCAGCUGAGGCCUAAAGCUGAUAAAUCGUCUUCAAAAAGAAGGUGUAUUCUUUAUUGCGGACCCUCAAAUAAAUCAGUGGACGUUGUAGCUGGUCAACUCCUUAAACUCAGAGGGGUGUUGAAGCCGCUUCGUGUUUACAGUGAGCAGGUGGAGAUGUUGGAGUUUCCCUACCCUGGAAGCACACUGAGACUGUCACGUAGGUCGAUCAGGGAGGAGAGAACUAACCGAGACCUACAGUCCAUCACAUUGCAUCAUCUUAUUCGGACGCCGGACAACCCGUUCUCACGUGAAAUUAUUUGUUUUGAUAAAAGAAUCAAAUUGGAAGAGGAGCUCACAGACAAGGAAAUCAAAAGCUACAAAUCGAUUCUGAGCAAAGCACGGAAUUACGAGUUGUUGAGGCACGAUGUCAUUCUGUGCACUUGCACUGCGGCCUCAAAUCCCAACUUCUCCAAGUUAGACUUGCAACAGAUUGUCAUUGAUGAGUGUGCCAUGGCAACUGAACCUGAAGCCUUCAUCCCCCUUGUGACCCAUAAACCUGAACAGAUAGUUUUACUCGGCGAUCACAAGCAAUUGCAGCCCAUCACAUGCAGUGAUCUGGCAGCAAAGUUAGGCAUGAGGCAAUCACUGUUUGAGCGGUACAUGGAAAAGGCACUGAUGCUUGAUACACAGUACAGAAUGCAUGAGCGGAUUUGUGAGUUUCCCUCAAAGGAGUUCUACAAGGGUCUUCUCAAGACUGGAGUAAAUCGGAAAGCCAGUGUCCUGCUCACUCAGUCUAAACAUCCAACGCCCAUCCUCUUUCGACACGUCAAUGGAAAAGAGAUCAGCCUUGUGGUCUCCACAGACAAGGGCAAUGAAAACUCCAAGGCAAACGUGGAGGAAGCUCAAGAAUCGGUCCGUAUCGCCUUACUGUUGAUAAGGCAAGCUCGGGUGGCGCCAUGCGACAUAGCUAUUCUGACGCCAUACAAUGCCCAGGUGGCCGAGGUGAAUGAAACCCUAUCCAGGAAUGGAAUACAGAAUGUUACCGUGUGUACCAUCACCAAGAGCCAAGGAAGUGAAUGGCGUUAUGUGAUCUUGUCCACCGUGCGCUCCUGUCCCAAGUCGGAAAUAGACACGGAGCCUACCAAAGCGUGGCUCACCAAGAUGCUUGGCUUCCUCAUAGACCCAAACCAAGUCAAUGUUGGCAUUACUCGAGCUCAGGAGGGACUGUGCAUUAUUGGAAACCAUGAUUUGCUUGGUUCCAGUUCACUUUGGAGGAGACUUCUGAUUCAUUACCAACAGUGUGGCUGUGUGGUGGAUUCUGCUCAGGAAGUUCAAGUUCAAAGAUCCAGGCACUAAAGAUAAUGUACACAGAUAAAGCAUAUUAGUGGUGCCUGUGAACAGCUCUUCGCUGUGGUAUACUGGCCAUGUAGCACACCCCCUCUGUAUUGCUUAAAUAAAUAAUACAUUAUUUAUGUUUACAUAACAUUACACACAUACAAUAUAUGUUAUCACACAUUUGAUUUGUAAUAGUCAAGCCAAGUCAGUAAUUUAGUGACUGAACGAGCAACCGAUAUACUGAAAUGUAUAUAUUACUAUUGUUAAGGUCAUGAUUUUGGGGCACCAAUACCCACUCAUUCUUACGAAAGUGUAAUUAAGGGGUCUGUCAUUUCAUGUUGUCUACUAUUGUUUUCAUCAUGUUCAUCAUGACCAAUUUCUCUAUCCUGACCAGUUAUUUCCUAUACGGUUAAUUAAUUGAUACAUUGAUUGAAAUGAUCAAGUGUGUAGUCUGAGUAUGCUGUUAUUUAUAUUUUGUUACCGGUAAAUGUUUUCCUGGAUAUCAACAGAUAUUUGAGAAUAUCAAGAGUUUAUAUUUGGGUGAAACUAAUAGAAUAAAUGUAAGUAUGGAAAUGUC